UUUGACUCUCUCCAAAUUUUCGAUCGCCAUUCUUUUACGCUUCUUUUUUACUUGGGGCUGGUCCCGUUCGAUUCUCUACUAAUCUCAAGACUGGGUUCUUGGUUUGCAUUCAUACAUAGCAGCGCUACUUUUUCUGAGGACAUUCCUGGGCUCAACCUGAUCAUUUUUAUACAAUAUAUUAUUAAUCUGUGGUGGAGGUUAUGUUAUCGACUAAUUCUUUGACGUUUACGUGCGAGGCAUCGUAGCACGCAGCCUAUCCAACGAAGGUUAAACGAGAAAAUAUGCCUCCAUUAUGCAGCGAAAAGCGAUAUUCUCGGAAUAGUGGUCAACACAGAAGAGUGGCGAGCAUGAUUGCUCGGCCCGUUUUACUUGUCGGCGAACAACUUCACAACGACAAUGAAGACACCAAUGAGAGUGAUGAUAAUACAUCGCCGGACGCCGAAAAGUCAGAUAUCCGCUUCACUAUAGAAAGAAGACAAGAUGACGGUGAUGACGACAAUGACAACGGCAGAGGCAGAAACAGUGGCGAUGGCCGGGGGAGAAAUCGCAAUAGCGACGAUGAUACUGAGGAUGAGGGAGAUGGGCGUGACAGGAGCAACCGAGGCGGCGGCCGGAAUCGUUCUGAUUUCCGUGAACAAGACGACGAAGAUGGGGAUAGCGACCACGAGAGGGGUUCUGAUGACGAUAGGGAUGGCAAUGACAGAGGUAACAGGGGCGGUAACAAUAGGGGUGGCGGUAGUGAUAAUAGAAGUGAUGAUGAUAGUGACGAUGAUAGCGACGACGAUUCAGACUCUAGCUCAGACGAUCAAUCCUCUACUUCACUUCCUCCGCCACCCACGACGAGCACAGACUCCACUGUCGAAGCGAGUACAACAACACCGACUGUGAUAUCUAUCACAUCUAUGGUAUCUUCUGCAUCUACUACAUCUACACAAUCUGCCUCUACAUUAUCCACCACGCUUCUAUCUAUCCCUGAACCAACGGCAUCAGCUACGUCACAAACAAAUACCAUACCUACUCUUACACCGCUGCCUGCCUUGCCUGCUUUGGAUCCUUCUUCUGUCACGACGUCAGCUACGGCAAUUUUAGUCACAACAACGACAGACAACGCUGAUAAUAGCCUUCCUGCCUCGACAUCGGGUGCACUUGCGGACUCCUCAGCAUCGACAUCAUAUCCGACUAAUGCACGGGGUAGAUUCGGCGACAACCAUGGCGAGGAUGGUAACGGUCAUUGGAACGGCAGAGGGGAUGGAAAAGAGGACGGGAGAGGGAACGGUAGGGGAAAUGAAGGGAGGCUCAGUGCGACGUCAGAACGAAUACUAAUUGCUGCUGGGUCAAUUGGCAUUUUUAUCGUGCUCUGCUUCAUCUUCUGGGUGGUCUAUCGGACCAUCAAGAAGUCUAAGCAACCUGGUCGCAAGAAUCGCACCACUACCUGGACGUCCAGGUUAUUUCCUUGGCGUAGAAAGCUGGAAACGACAAAAACUCAAUCUUUCAAUAGUUUCAACGAGUCCAAUGAGGCUUUACCCGCGUACGACGCAGGUAACAAUAAUCCAAUAGAAGGAUAUGGUUAUUAUGACCAAAGGAAGUUAUACCCACUGCAAUCGGAAAGCGUGGCAUAUCCCUCAGCAGCGACGCUUCGGAAUGGCAUGACAUUAAAGCAGACCGUGGAAGGCCAGCCGCUGCCGCCUAACAACUACAUGAAUUCAUACCCACAGCCCAGGAAUCAGAUGGUCGACAUCAAUGAUGUCGAUUCGACCUUACGAUCAAGGAUGCCUGGCCCGUACUAUAACCAAUCUGAAUUCGCCCGCCAGCCAUCCGACGCAUACGAUCCGACACAGCGACAAGUAUACCGCGCGAGCGAGUUAUCGUCGUUGUCAUCGGGCUUCGGAGAUGGUGACAUAAUAAUACCGCAGCCGAACGCCGCGUUAGCAAAAACACCAGCAGCGGCUCGAGAGGCAGCGAGCACAGAUGAAGAUUCAGGCAAUAUUCGCCCGUUCUCUUGGAUGAGCCGGACCGGGACCGAACAGCAGCACAGAGACACUAUGUACACCACAGCAAGCGACCGCCGAUCCAGGUUUCGCUCGGUAAAUAGCUGGGUAGAUCAGCAAAAAAGGCGAAUGAAGAAAGCCGCCGGCUGAUAUCUAUCUCAUCCGGGGUAGUCCUUAUCAUUAUCUUUCGUUCAAUAGGAAGAUACGCCUUGAAUGCGAGGUUGUGUUCGGAGUUGAAAACAAGAUACAUAGCGCCAAACAUAUCAUUUUCGUUUGAAGACAAAUUGUCAAAUAAUUUAAAGAAAGAGUUUAUUUAGCUCAUAGCUAUCUAUUCUCUAUAUAUACUCUAGAAUACAACUCAGUAAUGACACGGUCCUCCUCCUACUAGAAACUUUUAUAUCAUUCUUCCGAACAAAUCGCAGGCGUAGAAGAUGGAUCGAGUACGGAACCGACCGUAACUAACUGAGCGUAUGUCAUGGCGAUAUGGAGUUUUGACCAUACCCAUAUAGCCUCUAAUCGUCUCAUCGGCGUUGUAACUAGAAGGUCAAACUCAGGCGCUACGACCAAUUAUAAUGGUGAAACGUAAUGUGUAGGUUUUUACCUUCACAUUCAGCAACGCCCUAGUUCCUUAGCUGAUCAGCCUUGCAGUAUAUAUAAUUCUUAUCUGACCUUUGGUACUCGUGUAAGCACGGUGAUGGUAGUACCAUCGUCCAAAAUAUCUUCUUUCUCCUCUAGUCUAUAGCCUCCGAGACGUGGUAAGAUAAUCGUCCACGUUAGCCAAUAUAUAAUUCCGAACAAAAUGCUACAAGA